AUGAAUCUAUUCAACCUCAUCGCCAGUCUCGCCGUCAUUGUCGUAGCGACCGCUGAAGACAAGAAGUCAGCUUGUCACAAAGAAUUUCCCUGCGCACAUACCGUGGCGGGCAACUGCACCCACUUCGACCUGAAUAAUGAGUGGAGAUCCAAAUGGGACUCACGCCAGUUCAACGAAACUUGGCUCUUCGCCGAUUGUCCAAACAAAGUGUUGAACAACUCUCUCGUGACGAGCAAGCUCGACCUCAGGGAAUGCGUGGCCAACGAUCAAGGCGUACUCGUUGCGCGGGAAGGUGGCGGGUCAAAUGGACAAAUAUGCACAUUGUCGAACCCGCCGCCCGUACCGGUAGGAGAAGAACCUUCAGGGAAUAUCACGCUGCAGUGCUGGGUGCCGGGAAAUGCGGCUCUCAAGGAGGUUGGUCUCCUCGCGUUCAAGGAGGUUGGUCUCUCCAAUGUGGUCUGGGUUGAUACAAAUGGCAUUCUCGGCUGCUAUACCAAGCCUGGCAAGAGGGUUUGGUGA